AUGUCAGUGACGCGGGUCCUGUCGCUUGUGGCCAUGUCGGUCCUGUCCCUUUUGCACGGUCUCACCAGAGUACUGGGCCUGUUGGCCGUCCAGAAGCCGUCUUCGUGUAUUGCAAACCGACGUGUGAGAAUGAAAAGUGGCUACUGGCGCCUCCACGGCUGGCUGAUGCUGAUCUUUGUGGGCGUCUACUCCCCCUUUGCCUUCUGGAGCAUCUACAAUCGCAUGGCCUUCCUCCGGCAGAACAAAAUGCUCUUCCUGGUUAGCCUGAAUCGGUUUGCCGGGCUUCUCCUCUGGGCCACCGUGUGUCUGUGGAUAAGCUGCUCGAAGCAGUCGAAGAUCAUAAAGUGUCUCAACGGACUGAUCAAGUGCCACAAGACGCUGCAAAGGAUGAUGUACACCCAGGAGCUGAAGGACUCCCUCAACUGCUUGGCCAACAUGAAUCACGUGACAAAGAUGGUACUCCUUAUAGUUUUCACCAUCAUGUCCGCGGCUCAGCCGAUGCAGAUCCUUAAAGAUGACCCGAUGGUGCGGGAAAAUUUCAUGUACGCCUUCAGUUUGGUUUUUACGUACUCCUGCCAGCUAAUCCUGCAGCUAUCACUGACCAUAUUUACGUUCAUUCUACUGUUUGUUGCCCAUCUGGUGCGGCACUCCAACCUGCUGCUGGCCAGGACCCUGUCGGAUGCGGGGGGCAUAUUGGAGAGCUCCCGGCGAGCACGACUCGGCCCGAAUCGCCAGAGGCUCUAUGCCGCACAGCAGCAGUGGCUGGCCUUCGAGCUGCUGAGGGUCCUGCACUUGCACCAGAAGCUAUUGAAGCUUCAUCAAUGCAUUUGCCGGCUCCACGGCGUUCAGGCGGUGUGUUUCGUGGUUUUCGUGCCCAUCGAGUGCAUGGUGCACUUGUUUUUCACGUAUUUCAUGAGAAACAGCAAGUUCAUACUGCGAAAGUAUGGAAAGCCAUUUCCAUUCAACUACUACGGCAUAUGCUUCCAGAUAGGACUCUUCAGCAACCUCCUGCUGGUGAUCCUGUGCACCCGCCUCUCGGAGAGGCAGUUCACCAGGACGAGGGAGCUCCUCAGAUCUGCCGUGUUCUGUUUUCCAUCGGAGUGUACCGAGAAGAAGUUGAUACAUACACUGCAUUAUUACGGACUGUUCCUGAAGAAUGCCGGCCAUAUAUUCACCGUCAGCGCCUGCGGCCUCUUCAAGCUGGACAAUGUCUUGCUCUUUUGCAUCGUGGGCGCCAUACUGAACUACCUGAUGAUACUGAUACAGUUUGAUAAGCUCAUAAACAAAUAGCUGACAAAAUGCCGGCCCAGACAAUGGCCGUAAA